CGCCGCCGGGGCUCGGAGGAGGUGCUGGGGCGCAACUUGUCACGCGGAGCGGGGAGAGGGCUGCGGGCUCCGGGGUGGGGCACGGGAAUGGAGCUGGAGCGGGACCUGCGCGAGGUGAAAGCUGCCUUCCUCCGGAGCUGGGGCCUCGCGCGGGUGGCCGGGACGCUGCCCUCCGGCCCGGGGUCCGGGGGCGCGGAGGCAGGCGGGGGGCUGCAGCGCGGGAGCCGCGAUCCCGGCGGGGCGGACCGAGCACCGUGGGGCGCCGCCUGCCCGGAACCGACCCGGCAGGUAAAAACCAGCCACAUAAAGCUAUAAAAUAAGACAAAUAAUUCUCUUCAUAUAAAAGAUAGCCAAGAUCCAUGAGUGGGCAUCGAUCAGCAAGGAAACGAUGUGGAGAUACUCAUCAGGAAUCCCCUGUGGGCUACGGGCAUAUGAGUACUCCAGGGUGUGUAUUAAAUAAAUUAUUUCAGCUACCUACACCACCAUUGUCAAGACACCAAUUAAAGCGGCUAGAAGAACACAGAUAUCAGAGUGCUGGACGGUCCCUGCUUGAGCCUUUAAUGCAAGGGUAUUGGGAAUGGCUAGUUGCAAGAGUUCCCUCUUGGAUUGCCCCAAAUCUCAUCACCAUCAUUGGAUUGUCAAUAAACAUCUGUACAACUGUUUUAUUAGUCUUCUACUGCCCUACAGCUACAGAGCAGGCACCUCUGUGGGCAUAUAUUGCUUGUGCAUGUGGCCUUUUCAUUUACCAGUCUUUGGAUGCUAUUGAUGGCAAACAGGCAAGAAGAACCAACAGUAGUUCUCCUUUGGGAGAACUUUUUGAUCAUGGCUGUGAUUCACUGUCAACAGUUUUUGUGGUUCUUGGAACAUGUAUUGCAGUGCAACUCGGGACAAACCCUGACUGGAUGUUUUUUUGUUGUUUUGCUGGGACUUUCAUGUUCUAUUGUGCACACUGGCAGACAUAUGUUUCUGGAACCUUACGAUUUGGAAUAUUCGAUGUUACAGAGUCCCAGAUCAUAAUUAUAAUAUGCCAGCUUCUCACAGGAACCUUGGGACCUUGGUUCUGGAACUUCACGAUUCCAGUGCUGAAUAUUCAGAUGAAAAUUUUUCCUGCACUUUGUACUGUAGCAGGGACCAUAUUUUCCUGUACAAAUUACUUCCGUGUAAUAUUCACAGGUGGUGUUGGAAAAAAUGGAUCAACAAUUGCAGGAACAAGUGUCCUUUCACCUUUUCUCCAUAUUGGAUCAGUGAUUACACUAGCUGCAAUGAUCUACAAGAAAUCAGCAGUUCAGCUUUUUGAAAAGCAUCCCUGUCUUUAUAUACUGACAUUUGGUUUUGUAUCUGCUAAGAUCACUAAUAAACUUGUGGUUGCACACAUGACUAAAAGUGAAAUGCAUUUGCAUGACACAGCAUUCAUUGGUCCAGCACUUUUGUUCCUGGACCAGUAUUUUAACAGCUUUAUUGAUGAAUAUAUUGUACUUUGGAUUGCCCUGGUCUUUUCUUUCUUUGAUUUGAUCCGCUACUGUGUCAGUGUUUGUAAUCAGAUUGCAUCUCAUUUGCACAUACAUGUCUUCAGAAUCAAGGUCUCUACAGGUCAUUCUAACCAUCACUAAUGAUGUAAUUGGUGUCAUAGGAAACUCAUGUUUUCUGCAGAAAGAAUCUGAACAUAUUGAGAAUGGGGUGGAUAAGAACAAAUAUAAUUUAUAAUAAUCACUGUUGUAUAACUUUUCUUCUUUGUUACUGGUAACACUCCUUAACUAUCCUGUAUGAGAAUGGGAAUUUCCAAGUCCCAUCCUGUAAAUUAUACAUGUUGUACAGGGUUUGGCUCAAGAAAGCUUGCAGGAAAAAGUGCCAUGUGUUAGUAAAUAUCCUGGAUUCAGGAAAAAAUUGUCAUGGAGAGCAGAUUCCCAGUAGUGGAGAUUUCUGAUGUACAAUAUUUGCAAGCCAAAAGAGUGUUGCUGUAUAAUUUUAACAAAUCAUCUUUUAGUAACAUCCUUAUUGAGUGUUUCUCAGGCUUUCUUUACUAAGGAACUCAGCUGUGGCACAGAUUAUGUUCCACUAGCUUAUGAGGUAAACUAGAGACAAAGACCUUGAAUUUAGAUCAGAAGGUUUCCUAUCUUUACAUGUUGAAAAAGUCAUUUUUUAUUACUCAAAAAUGGUUUAUCUUGUGGGCUCGGGAAUCCCGUUAGCAUGCAGAAUAAUGUAGUAAUUUUGUCAAUCCAUUUUAUUUUUUUAAAUAAAUAUAUGAUCUGAAAGCUGGCCUUUUCUCAGCUUUAUUUAUUGGAAGAAAUAAACUGUGUUUUAAUGUCAUUUUUUUUAUCCCAAGCAAAUUUUAUUUCUGUUCUUUAAUAAAUAAGGCAAUUCAGCCAGCUGUCA